AUGGAAAAGGCAAAAAAAUUCAUUUGUGCCUGUUUAAAUGGCGAUAGAAAAGGUGUCAUUUAUUUUGGAGUUGAAGAUAAUCAAAGAGAGGGUUCAAAGUUUCGACACGGAGAAAUAACUGGACUCGAUGUUGAAGAUAUCAAAGACGACAUCACGAAAGCAUUUCAAGAUUUACUCGAUAACCACAUCAAGAGUGACGGUGGACCACUACAAAAAGGAGGAGAGCAAGACUGUGUAAAUCUAUACUUCGUUCCCGUUAAAAGCAAAGGAGAUAAAGUCAAUCCAUAUGUGAUAGAAAUUGAGGUUUCCAGAGACUGGCGAUUCUGCAAAGAUAAUGUCUAUUACUCUAAACGCUGGAUCGAGAAGAAGACAACGGAUGAGAAAAAAGAUGCGAAUGGAAAGAAAGGACUUCACGAUCUCUUCAAAGUAAAGGGCGAUGAGCUUGAUGAUGUGGCAAUCAGGACCAAUGGGGCAUCGGCUUGUGUGAAACAAGAUGAAGUAAGAUGGCAAGUGAGAGAGCCUUUAACGACAAAGUUCGAUGAGUGGAAACGAGAAACAUCGGGUAAGUGUUCUAUUACAGCUCUCAAAUGAAAGGCGAAGGUUUCAGAGAUUAGGUAAUACAUGAUUGUUUAGAAAACGCGCUUACCCAUAUAAGUAGCUCUGAAGAGCCCAACUCUACAACUACCACUUCAGCACAUUUUGAGAGCGUCUUUAUUCAUUUCUGUAGGUAUCUAAUUCCCCCUCUUACACCACGUUUAGUUUUCCGCUCAUUAAGUUUUUUUCGUGCAUCUCGUUCGUAAUACGCUCGGGGAUUUCAACAGACUAGACCAAAAAGGGAAUUAAUUUUGGACCCAGAUUUUAGUUCAUUUUCACUUGCCCCACGUCUUACCUGAAUGUCAUCAUACUCUCCGAGUGGAACAGUGCCGACAUAGCACUUUUCAAACGUGUAGCAGUGCCAUAUUAUGAACCCUUCUUAUCCUUCUUUCUCUGCCAGGUGCCAGUGACUUAUCAGUUGGUAAGUAAAUGUGCAGUAACAGAUUAUGAGGUUAAUGUUUUCCUUUAAAUAUAAUUUGUCAAUAGGUCAGUAAGUCGCUUCCAACGGUUCAAAUACAUGUUCAAUUCGAUUUUCAAAGAAGUCGUUUCGCGCACGUUGAAUUGUAUUACAUAGAGACCAAAUAAAUCAAAAAGGCACUAUAUGAUAUCAUUGUUCCUGACGCUUUUCAAGCUUCUGCCGAGCACAUGCUAACACCGGGAUAAUCGCCAUCUUGGCCAGUUGUAAAGGGCUAUCAGAGAACUAUAAAAUUGUUUCGAUGACACAAACAAAAACCGAGGCAAAAGUAGCCAAAAGUGUAAACGGGAUAACGUUUAGCUUUUAGAAGCUCCCCACGCCAUUCAUUUAAACAAAUUCAUGUAAGAGCUACACUGCAAUUUAUUAGCAUUCACCGCCUAAAGGAUAUAGGAUCGCAUUCCUGAUUUUAGUUUAUUAUUUUGUCCGUUGUGAAAAAAAAAUCAAACUAAACAAAUCAGGUGGCCAAGCAGCACAGGAAGGAGCUCCACACGGCCAAAAUCUUAAAGACCCUCGAGUGACCUUGUUGGGAGAUUGCAAUAAUUGUAACAGUUCUCUUAACGGUAAAAUCCUGUCAGUGAUUCGCUCUUGAUAAUUUACAGGUUCUAAAUAGUGUAUAAUGCCAUACUUUUAGGACAACGCCCUGAUGAUGCAGACUUUCAAAGGUUCAUUCCCAUUGUUAAAGACCGAUUGUGUGAUUUGGAUUUCAAACAGUAUCAUUACAUUCUUAUUGCCAACAAAGUCCCUCCCAAGUACAGAGGAACUCCUCACUUAUCUUUUCUCCAAAACAUUCCUUGGAUGGCUGUUUUUGACUUGUUUGAUCCUGCCACAAAGAAAGAUGGAUUACAUUUUAUUUGUAAUGAGAUGAAUGACGCUCCCAGAGCAAGUAUCACAACUCUGGAUGACUUCAAAGACUUUUCACCUGAUUGGAUUGAUGACAAAAACUGCACUUUGUUCACAAAAGGAACGACUUGGAUUUUACAACCAGAGAAUCUUCAAGACAAAGAAUGGAUCACGUGUUUAGCCAAGUACUAUUUCUACCGUGCUCUGUCCGCCUUCAAGCAACACUAUCCUCUCAAGCGACUGAUUGUUGUUAUCCUUGGUCUUGGGGAGAACGCCAUCACAGAGAUGGCAGACAUAUCCGAAAGCUGUUUCACCAUAUUUGGUGGGGACGUGGCAAAGAAAUGUGUCACCAUCAUCAGUGAGAAUGAUUCAGUUUUAGAUGCGUUAAUGAAGGCUUCAAAACCCACUUUACAAAGACGACUCAGAGAUUGCUCUAUUAGCAAUAUAUCGUGGGAGUUACUGAAAGAAAUUGUUCGCAUGAUGGUCGGACCUACUGAGUUUCAGGAAAAAGGAGCUACUACGAUACUCCCUUUCAUCACAGGUCCCAUUGAGGUACUUAACAAAAUUAUCCACUCCUGGGAGGAUCUUGAAAUUUAUUGCCCAAAUCCUCGGUUAACAAAUUCAACGGAAGAAAUUGAAAAAGCAAGGGACACAUUCUACAAAGGAGGACAAGUCAGCCAGGUAAACUUGCUUCACAACCACAGCAUUCAAAGGACCCUCGAGGAAGAGCUAAUUCAGAAGAUUGAGCAGGCAGUCAAUCCUUUGAAAGCAUUAGCCCGUGAUUCUUGCUCUGUAAGAACAAUCACUCUUCUCUCUGAGCCAGGAUCGGGAGCAACAACUCUAUGCCGUAGAAUUCUGUGGAGUAAACGAAAAGAAUAUCGUUGUGCUGUAAUCAAGUCAAUUUCAAAGACAACAACUGACUUUCAAAUCUCAAAAUUUCAAGCCUUUGGCUACGAGGAAUCUCAGAGCAUUUCACCUCCUGCUUUGAUCCUUAGUGAUAAUUUCCCUGAGAUCGACACUCAAGGCUUGUCGGAGCGAUUACAAGAGAGAGGAACAAAAUGCGUUAUUAUCGCCACCUAUCCAGUCGGAAAAACUGGUGCAGACACUACUUCAGAUAGCAAACCGCUUGCUCAACUGGAUGAAGAUGAAAUGAUCCUUGUAAAGGACAUCCUUAUCAAUGUGACCAACGACAAGGGACGUCGAAGAGAGGCUGAAGAAGUGCUCGAGAGAGAAAGACGAUUUAUUUGGCUUGGAUUGGAGCUCUUCGGUCGGGAGUAUGUCAAGAUUGAGGAACGAGUUCGUAAUCACAUCCAGAGCACUCUUUCUACCCUCGGAGAUUCUCGUGACGCACAUGAGAGGCUGCUCCAUUUUUGCUGCUUCCUUCAUUUUUAUAGUAAUGGUGCAGACAUUUUACCCCACUCCGUUUUAGUUGACUUUCUUCACGAAGCAAGUGGUGAGACAGAUUCAGAGUGUGCUCAAAUGUCCUAUACUCAUGACAAAUUUGGAGGUCUUAUUCUCGAUGAAUUCAACGAAACCUACGGGUAUCAUGGCUGGCGACCUGCACACUCUCUUGUCAGCGAAUUCGUCAAAUCACAAAUGAAUGUGAAAGAAAUUGCAGAACAACUUUUGGAACAUGCCGAUAGAGGAACGGCUUAUGUCAACAAAUAUUUAAAACAACAACUUUUCCAGAUUCUGUUGCACCGUGAGAGGGUAUCUAAUGAAGCAACCAUUCCGCAAGAAGAGGAAGUGGCUGAAGAUGAAAUGAGUACUAGUAUCGAAACCGAAGAACAGGGAUCUUAUGAUGUCCGCACCCGGUACUCCCCUCUAAUACUGGAAAUUCUAGGAGGAGAAGAUGGCAGCCGAAGAACAUUAGAUCUGCUUAUUACGGUCUGCCAAAAAGCAAGGAAAACGAAAUAUAUAGCGUUUGCCUAG